CCUUAUCCCAAUCCUCAGUAUUUAAUACGAGUCGGGCGCAACGAAUCGACAGACCUAAGUAAGGUCACUAAAACCUAAAUUCCUUACUUGAGCUGGGCCCAGAUGUGGGGUUGAUUAUUUGAAUAUGAAUCGCUAGUCGCCGUGCAAUCUCUGGUUCCGUCGCCGUUCUAUUUCCAUUGAGCCUCAACCAUGGCCGGUAAUAGUGCCAUAACGCUCGAGGAGAUCAUGAACGACUCAGUCGACUUGGAACGGAUACCUGUAGAGGAAGUUUUGGAGCAGCUGAAAUGUACCAGGGCUGGACUGACUUCCAAGGAAGGAGCCCGUCGACUCCAAGAGAGCAAGAUUCUCAAGUUUUUGGGUUUUAUGUGGAACCCUUUGUCAUGGGUCAUGGAAGCUGCUGCUAUGAUGGCUAUUGUCAUGGCAAAUGGGGGUGGGAGACCUCCAAACUGGCAGGAAUUUGUUGUUAUUGUUGUGUUGUUGCUGAUCAACUCUACCAUUAGUUUUAUUGAAGAAAAUAAAGCUGGUAAUGCUGCAGCAGCCCUCAUGGCUGGAAGAGGAGGAAGACUCAAGCCAUUUGUUCUUGAACUGCAAAGUUGCUCAGUGGCUGUGGAAGGCUUGUGCAAAGUGGUGGGGAAUCACAAUAGUUUUACAAAAAGAAUGCAGGCCAACAUUUCAACACUUGGGGGAGUGGCCAAAAAACCUCACAAAAAGGAAGGGUGGGACUGUAUAUGGAAUGCACUGUUAUGGACGGUGUGGACGGCACGUAACAAAAUGCUUUUUGACAAUGCUGAGGUUUUAAGAGAUGGUAGAUGGAGUGAACAAGAUGUUUCAAUUCUGGUUCCAGGGGACAUAAUCAUCGUUAAAUUGGGAGACAUAAUUCCUACAGAUGCUCGUCUUCUUGAGGGUGAUCCUUUAAAGAUUGAUCAAUCUGCUCUCACUGGAGAAUCUCUUCCUGUCACUAAAAACCCCUCAGAUGAAGUGUUUUCUGGUUCCACAUGCAAACAGGGUGAAAUAGAAGCAGUUGUUAUUGCAACUGGUGCGCACUCGUUUUUGGGUAAAGCUAAGCAUUUGGUAGACAGCACCAAUCAAGUUGGGCAUUUUCAGAAGGUUCUCACAGCCAUUGGCAAUUUCUGCAUUUGUUCAAUUUUUGUUGGAAUAUUCAUUGAAGCAGUUGUCAUGUUCGGGAUCCAGCGCUGCGAUUACAGGGAUGGUGUUGCGGCAUGUGGUUCUGCAUGGUGCUUAUGGAGGUUGAAGAUGCGGGCCAUGCUAGUACAGCAAGGGAUGUGGAAAGCACUAGAAAGGGAAGCUAGGCUACCGGAAACUCUACCAGAGGAAGAGAAGAUAGACUUGAAGGAGCGGGCGCUGAGUGCAAUUCAGCUCUCACUUUCUGAUGAAGUCUUGGGGGAGGUUGCAGAAGAAAAUUCAGCUUCUGCAUUAUGGUCGAAGCUAGAAGCCCUUUACUUAACCAAAUCAAUCACUAACCGAUUAUAUCUGAAGAAACGGUUGUUCACCCUCAGUAUGAAUGAAGGUGGUUCCAUCAAAGACCAUCUUGAUGAGUUCAACAAGCUCAUUUUAGACUUGAAGAAUAUCGAUGUGAAUAUAGAAGAUGAAGACCAGGCAAUUAUUGUUUUGUGCUCAUUGCCUGACUCUUAUGACAACUUUGUUGAAACUCAUCUUCAUAGUAGAGAUCAACUCUCUAUGGAAGAUGUCAAGGCGGCCCUGAAUUCAAGAGAAUUGAAGAAGAAGGUGUCCGGAGACAAGAGUGGUGAUCAAGCAACAGGAUUGGUCAUAAGAGGUAGACAAAAUAACAGAACUUUCUACAAGCGAGGAAAGUCUCGAUCCAAAUCGAGAGCCAAGCAUGCUCGAUGUUACGAGUGCAAUGAGACGGGACAUUUCAAGAAAAAUUGUCCCAAGCUCAAGGAGAAGAAAGCUGAAAAAUCCGGUGAUGCUAACAUUGCCAGUUGCAGUGAUAAUUUAGAUGAUGAAGAUUGUGUUUUAUCUGUCUCUACAAACUCCUCCGGUGAGGAAUGGAUUUUAGAUUCGGGUUGCUCAUUCCAUGUAUGCCCACGACGUGACUGGUUUGAAACAUAUAAACCAGCCACUGGCACGGUGGUUCUUGGUGAUGAUACAACAUUGCCUAUUGUUGGAAUUGGCAACAUCCGGAUCAAGAUGUAUGAUGGGAUGGUCAAAACAUUCGAGGUUCGUCAUGUGCCGGGUUUGAAGAAAAAUCUCAUUUCCAUGAGUGAGCUUGACUCCAAGGGCUGCCGAUACUCCUGUGUAGGUGGAGUUCUCAAAGUCUCUAAAGGAGCUCUCGUAAUAUUGAAGGGGAAGAAAGUUGGUGGUCUUUAUCACUUACAAGGAAGCACAGUCAAUGGCACAUGUGCUGUGUCAACUUCAAGCAGUCCAGAUAAAGAUGUAACUCGGUUAUGGCAUAUGCGACUUGGGCAUAUGAGUGAAAGAGGGAUGAUGGAGCUGAGCAAGCGGGGUCUUCUGUGUGGCCAGAAAAUUGGCAAGCUAGACUUCUGUGAGCACUGUGUUUAUGGCAAGCAGUGCAGGUUGCAGUUUGGCAAAGGAGUUCAUCGAACUCAAGGCACAGUUGAUUACAUUCACUCAGACUUGUGGGGUCCCUCGCCUAUUGCAUCAAAAGGUGGAGCUGUGUAUAUGUUGACCUUCAUCGAUGAUUAUUCAAGAAAGGUGUGGGUAUACACCUUAAAGAGUAAGAGUGACGUGUUCCUCACCUUUAAGCAGUGGAAGAUGCUGAUUGAGAAGCAGACUGGAAAACAAAUCAAGCGUCUAAGAACAGAUAAUGGUCUUGAGUACUGUAGUGGUGAGUUUGAUACUUUUUGCAAGAAUAAUGGAAUUGUGAGACAUUGCACUGUCAGGAUGACGCCACAGCAAAAUGGUGUUGCAGAAAGGAUGAAUCGUACACUCUUGGAGAGGGCACGGUGUAUUCUCUCAAAUGCUGGAUUAUCAAAGGACUUUUGGGCAGAAGCUGUUAAUCAUGCUAGCUAUCUUGUAAAUCGAUCUCCAUCCACAGCAAUUGGAUUAAAGACUCCAGAAGAAUUAUGGUCAGGUUCUCCUGCUGAUUAUUCACAGUUGAGGAUAUUUGGUUGUCCUGUGUAUGCUCAUGUUAGGGAUGGUAAACUUGAGCCAAGGGCAGUGAAGUGCAUAUUUCUAGGGUACGCUUCCGGGGUAAAAGGCUAUAGACUGUGGUGUGUUCAGAAGUCACCUCGGUUCCUCAUGAGCAGAGAUGUAACCUUUGAUGAGUCUGGUAUGCUCCAAAAAGCAAAAGAGGAGUCUACAAUUGCAAAGCCAGACCAUGGAGUUAGCAAGCAGGUGGAGUUUGAAGCAACAACUCCAAAAAAGGCAGUGCGGGACGACAGUAUUGUCCAAGAGAAUCUAGAUGAGGUGCAAGAUCCAGAGCUAACAGAUACUCCAAUGGAGGUGGAGGCACCUGAACAAACACAACAGCAGUAUAAUAUUGCUACUGGUAGACAGAGGAAGGAGACCAAACCACCUCAGAGAUAUGGCUAUACAGAUUAUGUUGCCUAUGCUCUAUCAGUUACAAAACCAGUGGAGGCUGAGGAUCCCAACACUUAUCGGUUAGCAAUUACCAGUAAAGAAUCUCCUUAUUGGCUUGUUGCCGUGACAGAGGAGAUUGAGUCUCUACAUAAGAACCAGACAUGGAAGCUUGUCAUGCCACCAAAGGGACAAAGAAUUGUUGGAUGCAAAUGGGUCUUCAGGAGAAAAGAAGGAAUCCCAGGGGUAUUCUCUCCUGUGGUGAAACACAGCUCUAUUCGUGUUUUACUUGCCAUGGUUACUUUAUAUGAUCUUGAGUUGGAGCAGCUUGAUGUAAAGAAUGCUUUCUUGCAUGGUGAGUUGGAGGAACGGAUAUAUAUGUCUCAACCAGAGGGAUUCAUAGUCUCAGGAAAAGAAGAUCAUGUUUGUUUGCUCCAGAAAUCCUUAUAUGGAUUGAAGCAGUCGCCUCGGCAGUGGUACAAACGAUUUGACAACUUCAUGGUUAAGAGUAGAUUCACUCGGAGCAACUAUGAUAGUUGUGUCUAUCAUAAAAAGCUUGGAGAUGGUUCUUGGGUUUACUUGCUGUUGUAUGUUGAUGACAUGCUUAUUGCUGCCAAAAGCAUGUUAAUCAUUGAUGAUUUGAAGAAGCAGCUUAGUGGUGAGUUUGAGAUGAAAGACUUGGGUGCAACUAAGAAGAUCUUAGGAAUGGAGAUUCACAGGGACCGCAAGGGAGGUAAAUUGUUUCUCUCUCAAAAGAAGUACAUUGAAAAAGUACUUGAGCGGUUUGGCUUACAUGAAGCUAAGGCUGUGACUACUCCUUUGGGAGCACAUUUUAAGCUUUCAUCAAAUUUGUCACCAGAAACGGAGGAAGAGAAGAAGUUUAUGGCACGUGUUCCUUAUGCGAGUGCUGUUGGGAGCUUAAUGUAUGCUAUGGUAUGUACUCGUCCUAAUAUUUCACAUGCAGUUAGUGUGGUUAGUCGGUAUAUGGCUAAUCCAGGUAAAGGACACUGGGAAGCUGUGAAGUGGAUCCUCCGGUAUUUACGAGGCACGGUAGAUAUUGGACUAGUCUAUGAUCGGAGUGCUAAUCCAAGUGGAAAUGUAGUCGGAUUUGUCAACUCUGAUUUUGCUGGCGAUUUGGACAAAAGGAGAUCAACUACAGGAUAUGUCUUUACUCUCUCAGGGUGUGCCAUUAGUUGGAAAGCUACAUUGCAAUCAACAGUCGCCUUGUCAACAACUGAGGCAGAGUAUAUGGCAAUUACUGAGGCAGUAAAGGAAGCAUUAUGGCUAAAGGGUUUGGUUAGUGACCUCGGGGUAGAACAAAAUGAGAUUAUGGUGUUUUGUGAUAGUCAAAGUGCCAUUCACUUGACGAAGAACACCAUGUACCACGAGAGAACCAAACAUAUUCAAGUGCGGUAUCACUUUGUCCGGGAGGUUAUAUCCAAUGGAGAUGUGCUCGUUGAAAAGAUAUCAACUGACGAGAAUCCUGCAGAUAUGAUGACAAAGUCGUGGGUUAACCAAAAUCUCAAGCAAUUUAUGCUAACAGAUGGAAUUGACAAUUUACUAGUUCUCUUGAUUGGAGGGAUCCCGAUUGCCAUGCCAACUAUGUUAUCUGUCACCAUGGCUAUUGGUUCUCAAAGGCUCUCUCAGCAAGGUGCUAUUACCAAGAGAAGGACAGCCAUUGAGGAAAUGGCACGCAUGGAUGUUCUCUGCAGUGACAAGACAGGGACUCUGACCCUGAACAAAUUGACUGUUGAAAGAAACCUGAUUGAAGUGUUUGUAGAGGGGAUGGAGAUGGACCAAGUUAUCCUUCAUGCAGCUAGAGCUUCAAGAACUGAAAAUCAGGAUGCUAUUGAUGCGGCUGUUGUUGGAAUGCUUGCAGAUCCCAAAGAGGCACGAGCUGGUAUUAGGGAGGUUCAUUUCCUUCCUUUCAACCCUGUAGCCAAAAGAACUGCUCUUACCUACAUUGAUUCUAAUGGAAACUGGCAUCGGGCUAGCAAAGGUGCCCCCGAGCAGGUAUUGGACCUCUGCAACUCCAAGGGAGAUGUGCGGAAAAAGGUUCAUGCAGUAAUUGACAAGUUUGCUGAACGUGGACUUCAAUCAUUAGCAGUGGCAAUACAGGAAAUACCUGAGAAGACAAAAAGAUGGUUCAGGGGAACCAUGGCAGCUUAUUGGUUUCUUGCCAUCGCCAGAGAAACUGGGCGGAGGCUUGGAAUGGGAACGAACAUGUACCCUUCUUCCUCCUUGCUUUUUGAAGAUAAGGAUGCUUCAAUUGCUGCUGCUUUCCCUAUAAAUGUGUUCAUUGAGAUGGCAGACGGAUUUGCUGGAGUGUUACCAGAACACAAAUAUGAAAUUGUUAAGAGGCUGCAGGAGAGGAAACAUAUCUGUGGUAUGACCGGAGAUGGUGAUGCUCCUGCUUUGAAUAAGGCUGAUAUUGGAAUUGCUGUUGCCAGUGCUUCAGAUGCUGCUAGAAGCGCAUCAGAUAUUGUCCUCACUGAACCAGGGCUUAGUGUGAUUAUAAGUGCGGUGCUAACAAGCAGGGCUAUUUACCAAAGGAUGAAGAACUGCACAGUUAGUUAUAUUCUAGUUUACCUUCAUUGGUGUUGGAACAAAUUGCUUGAGAUUUUGGUUAACCCACUACAAGAUUAAGAAAUUAAUGGAAUAAAAAAAAGCACCACCACAAGAAAGACAGAAUUUACGU